AUGGGUGAUAAAAAUCGAUCAAAUAAGAUCAAUGAAUUUUGGAGUCUUUAUAGUUUUGCAGAUAAAGUUGAUAUUCAGCUAAUGAUAAUUGGAUUGAUACUGGCAUUUGUUCAAGCUAUUCUUCUACCUUUUGUAUGGCUUGUAAUGGGUGAUUUCGUUUCAAUUUCAAUCGUUCGUGAGCAGUAUAAAUUGGAGAAGAUAAAACAUUUCGAAUCAUUUAAUUCGAACAAAAUUGAACUUGGCUUAAGCAGUAAUAAUAGUUUUGAUACGUCUAACUUUACCGAUUUGGCCGAUAAUUCGAUGCGACAAUCGCAAAUAGAUGUACAUUUUGAAUAUUCUGCUACACCAGCAUUUAUUAUGAUGUUAUCAUUAUCCGUUGCUACAUUUAUUGCUGCUUUCUUUCAGCGCUUAGCAUGGGAAGUUUCUGGUAUCAGGCAAGUUUUUCGAGUUAAAAAAGCUUACAUUCGGAAGUUAUUGCACAUGGAUGUUGCAUGGCUUGAAUCACGACAUUCCGGACAAGUAGCUUCGAUGUUACAUGACCAUGCAGAUUCGAUAUAUCAAGGUAUCGCCGAUCAUGUUCCUAUGGUUAUCUUCAUUUGCGCCUAUUUAUUAGUCACUUCAUCAGUUUGUUUCUACAUUCAAUGGGAUGUUACUUUAGUGAUGUUUGCCGCACUACCAUUACUUAUUGGAACAAGGCUUAUUUUUAGCAAAUGGUUUUGUAAAACACGCGAUGAAGAACAGAAAUUAUUAGCUAAAAUGACAAAUUUGGUGCAAGAGACAUUUUCAUGCAUACGAACUGUUAUCGCAUUUGCUGCACAAAAACAAACAAUUAAUAAGUAUGAGCGAUUAACAAUUGAAUUAAAUCGAAUGACAGAACAACGUCUUACCGCUUCAUCUAUUUAUGAUGCACUUGCACAGGUUUUAUUAACUGAAUUCAUUUUUACCGCAGCUUUAUGUUAUGGAAUGUGGCGUGUUGAUGAUGCCAAUCCUGGUCGUCUUGCUGCAUUAGCAAUCAAUAUGCUAUACAUGUGUGUUACAUCGAUUAGUAUUGGUUUCCAUAUGACCGGUGCAUCAACCGCUCGACAAAAUGCUAAUGAAAUGAAUGGAAUUUUAACUGAGACACCAAAUAUUGAAUGUUGCAUCAAUAAUAAUAGCGAAAGUAUGUUAGCACCACGUGGAUAUGGUGCUAUUGAAUUCAAUGAUAUUAAUUUUGCAUAUCCGAGUAGGCCAGAUGUUGAGGUACUAAAAGGAGUAUCGUUUACUGUAUCAGCAGGUGAACAUGUUGCAAUUGUUGGACCAAGUGGAUCUGGUAAAAGUACAUUAACGGCGCUUAUAUUACGAUUUUACGAUCCAACCAAUGGAACUAUUACAUUGGAUGGUGUCAAUUUGAAAAGACUCAAUCCUGACAAUUUACGUGCUCAACUUGGUUUAGUCAGUCAGGAACCUGUACUUUUUGAUGGUACAAUAAGCGACAAUAUUCGAUAUGGACGUUUAAAUGCAACACAAGCAGAAAUUAAUGAAGCAGCUCGAAAAGCAGAAGCUUGGCAAUUUAUUUGUGCUUUACCUGAAGGCAUGAAAACUCGUGUUGGUGACAGAGGCCUGCAAUUAUCCGGUGGUCAAAAGCAAAGAGUAGCUAUCGCACGUGCAGUAAUCCGUGAUCCAUCUGUAAUGAUAUUUGAUGAAGCGACAUCAGCGUUAGAUACGAAGCACGAAGUUGAGGUACAGAAGGCUAUCGAUGCAGCCAGUCAAGGUGUUACGACCAUCACAAUAGCCCAUCGACUGAGUACUGUCCGAAAUGCGGAUCGUAUAAUCGUUCUAGAAAGUGGACAGAUUGUUGAAGAAGGAAGUCCAGAAGAAUUAUUAAGCAACAAGGAUGGUAAAUUUUAUCGAAUGUACAACGAUCAGAAGUUCGAUUCUUUAGCUGUCGAUAAAUUAGCGGUAAAUCCACGUUCGAGAGCGAAAGCUGCCUUAGCUACUCAUUUCUCUAUGACACCAACAGAUUUUAUUGAUGCUGAAACAUAUCGUCGCGCAUGGGCUCGUUCAUCAUUAGGCGCUCAUAAACGACUUGGUAAAUCAUAUUCUGUGCUCAGUAUUGAUCGUGCUAAAUUAGCCUUACCUGUAAUGUCAAAAAAGCGCACUCGAAUGGAUACACCAUUUAAGACAAAUAUUAUGGAAGUAGCAAUGGAUGAUAAAGAUUACGAUGAUCAAACUUCGUUCUCCGUAAAAACGACCAAUUUUAAUGCCAUUUGGAAUUUGAUUAAAAGCUACAGAGAUGGUUAUACACAUUUGAGUGUAGCCAUUCCGGUGACCAUUUUACGUGGAUUCUUUUUCCUCCUUGUUUGUUUUGAAGUAUCAUCAGUACUUGAGAUAGCAUUAGUACCAAACGAAGAAACAGCUCAACAAGUGUUUAUUACAGGAGCUAUUUAUACAGCUCUAAUUAUUAUUAAAACAAUGUUCGAAGCUGUUGGGCGUUUAUUCAUCGCAUUGUAUGGACAUGGUUUUUGUGGUUACUUACGAAAUAAAAUGUUUCGGAAGAUAUUACGACAUGGUGCAGCACAUUUCGAUGAAGAAGCUAAUACACCAGGAAGAUUAGUUCAUAAAUUGAUGUCCGAUACUGCGACACUUAAUAGGACUCUUGGCGAUAAGUUGGAUUUACUUCUUCCUGCGAUUAUUUGCUCUACGGUAUCGGUUACUAUUGCAUUGCUAAUAAACUGGAAGUUAGCACUCAUUUGCGGUUUUCAAUUUCCAGCUUUUUUUAUCUUUCGUUUAGUUGAAUUACGUGAAACAAGUAAACGACAACGACAAAUGGCCGAUCAGGAGAAAAAAGCUGCUAAUCUGGCAACUACGGUGCUAUCAAAUAUGAGUACAAUUAAAGCUUAUACACUUCAGGAACAUUUCAAUAAUAUUUUCUACGAAACACUAAAACCUCUGCAAAAAACGAUGAAAAGACAAUCUUGCAUUAGUUCAUUCGUAUUUGCAUGUCAGUUCUCUUUCAUGUAUAUUCUUAUUGCAAUAACGUUGCACUUUGGAAAAGUUAUGAUGCUAAGCAACGAAAUUACACCUUUCAAUUAUUUAAGGGUUGUAUUGUUGACGCAGUUUGGUGCUAAUUUUAUCAGUCAACUAAUAGCAUCAGUGAAUGAUAUAUCGAAAGCACGAGUAGCAUCCGGAAAUAUUCUUAAUGUUAUUAAGGAAACCGCUGUUGAUAUGAAUAAUCUGAGUGAUGAGGGAUUACGACCGAAAACUAUUGCUCGAUUAAUGCUAAAAAAUGUUGAAUUUCGUUAUCCAUCUCGACCUCUUUAUCCUGUACUUCGUAAUCUUACUUUAAAAGUUAGACCAGGUGAUUCAAUAGCUAUCAUUGGUCCAUCAGGUUCUGGAAAAAGUUCCAUUUUAGCGCUAUUUCAACGUAUGUAUAGUGCGACAAAGGGAGAAGUGCUCAUUGAUAAUUACAACAUAAAACAAAUCAAUCCGGCAUAUCUAAGGCGUGUUGUUGUUUCAGUUGGACAAGAACCAACACUCUUUUCAUUUACGAUUCGCGAAAACAUUGGAUACGGUUUACCGGAAGAUGAAGCAACCGAACAAAAGAUUAUAGAAGCAGCAAAAAUUGCAAACAUACAUGACUUUAUCUUAUCAUUACCACAAGGUUAUGAUACUGAAGUUGGCGAAUUUGGAGCUCAACUUUCCGGUGGUCAAAGACAGAGGAUUGCAAUUGCUCGAGCGAUAAUACGAGAACCGCGGGUGUUGCUACUUGAUGAAGCUACUGCUGCGCUGGAUACAGCAAGCGAAAAGGCAGUACAAAGUGCUCUCGAAUCAGUUAGCAAAAAUUGUACUUGCAUUUAUGUGGCGCAUCGUUUAUCAUCGAUAAGAUCAGUGAACAUGAUUUAUGUAUUAGUUGAAGGCGAAAUUGCUGAACAAGGUACGCAUCAGGAACUGAUGGAAGAGAAAGGCUUAUAUUAUGAGAUGAAUCAAUCAGAAAUUUGA